GAGGCGCGGGCGGCCGGGCCGGAGGGCGGGGCGGCGGGCCCGGCGGCCGCCCCCGCGCCGCGCCCGGCGGCCCGAUGUGGCUGCAGCAGCGGCUGAAGGGGCUCCCGGGGCUGCUGUCGAGCAGCUGGGCCCGCCGCCUGCUGUGCCUGCUCGGCCUCCUGCUGCUGCUGCUGUGGCUCGGGGGCUCCGGCGCGCGGCGGGCGGCGGGGGGCCUGCACCUGCUGCCCUGGGCCCGCGGCCCGCCGGGCGCCGCCGAGCCCGCCGCCUGCCUGGGGGCGGCCACCCGCGCGUGGCGGGGCCUGCGGGAGCGCGGCGAGGCGGUGCCGCCGGGCCCCGGGGUGCCGGCGCUGGUGGCUAACGGCUACCUGGCCCUGGACGUGGCCGCCAACCAGCUGUGGGUGACCCCGGGCGAGCGGGAGCCCCCCGUGGCGCCCGACUUCGCGCCCUUCGUGCAGCUGCGGCCGCUGGGCGCGCGGGCCGAGGCGGCCGAGUCGGUGCUGCUGCUGCGGGAGGGGCUGCUGCGCCGGGUGCGCUGCCUGCAGCUCGGGGCCGCGGCGUCCGGGCCGGCGGCCGGCGGCUCGGGGCCCGCGUCGGCGGCGGGCCUGGCCCCGGGCGCGGCCCGCGACUGCGUGCUGCUGCAGGAGGACUUCCUGGCGCACCGCGGCCGCCCGCACGUCUACCUGCAGCGCCUGCAGCUGCGCAACCCCACGGAGCGCGUGGCCGCGCUGCAGACGCUCGGGCCCACGGCCGGCCCGCCGCCCCGCGCCUUCACCAGCACCCUGGAGAAGGCGGGCGACCACCAGUUCCUGCUCUACUCGGGCCGCGCCCCGCCCCUCCCGUCGGGGCUGGUGCACCUGGUGGUGGUGGCCGCCAAGAAGCUCGUGGACCGGCUGCAGGUGGCCCCCAAGUCGCAGCUGGACGAGACGGUGCUGUGGGUGGUGCACGUCUCGGGGCCGCUUAGCCCCCAAGCGCUCAAGAGCAAAGCGCCCAAGGAGCUGAAAGCGCUGCAGGAUCUGGCGCGCAAGGAGAUGCUGGAGCUCCUGGAGCUGCCGGCGGCCGAGCUGCUGCAGGACCACCAGCGCCUCUGGGCCCAGCUCUUCAGCCCAGGAGUGGAGAUGAAGAAGAUCACGGACACCCACACGCCGUCGGGCCUGACCGUGAACCUGACGCUCUACUACAUGCUGUCCUGCGCGCCGGCACCGCUGCUCAGCCCGGGCCUGAGCCGCCGGGAGCGGGAGCAGCUGGAGACGACCCUGAGCUACGAGGACCACUGCUUCAGCGGCCACGCCACCAUGCACGCCGGCAACCUGUGGCCCAGCCAGCUGACCGCCGUGCCACACAUCCUGCAGCUGUCCGACCUGUGGCGGCUGACGCUGCAGAAGCGGGGCUGCAAGGGGCUGGUGAAGGCGGGCGCCCCGGGCAUCCUGCAGGGCAUGGUGCUCAGCUUCGGGGGGCUGCAGUUCACCGAGAACCACCUGCAGUUCCAGGCCGACCCCGACGUGCUGCACAACAGCUACGCCCUGCACGGCAUCCGCUACAAGAGCGACCACAUCGACCUGGCCGUGCUGGCCGACGCGCAGGGCAAGCCCUACCUGCACGUGGCGGUGGAGGCGCGCGGGCAGCCCGUCAAGCUCUACGCGUGCGAGGCGGGCUGCCUGGACGAGCCGGUGGAGCUGACGGCGGCGCCCCAGGGCCACACGUUCCCGGUGAUGGUGACGCAGCCCAUCACGCCGCUGCUGUACAUCUCCACGGACCUCACGCACCUGCAGGAGCUGCGCCACACGCUGCACCUCAAGGCCAUCCUGGCCCACGCCGAGCACAUGGCGCAGCAGGACCCGGGGCUGCCCUUCCUCUUCUGGUUCAGCGUGGCCUCGCUCAUCACCCUCUUCCACCUCUUCCUCUUCAAGCUCAUCUACAACGAGUACUGCGGCCCGGGGGCCAAGCCCUUCUUCCGGAGCAAGGAGGAUCCUAGUGUCUGAAGGACGCUCCUGGCGGCGGCCCGUUUGCACACGCCGCCCCGCACUGACGGUCCUGCCGCCGCCGCCCGGGGGCCCUCGGAAGACCCACCCUUUUGUGCCUUGUCGGGGGACGCCAGUGACGCAGACGCACGUGCGGGGGCCCAGCAGCCUGUCCCGUGGGGCCGGGGUGCCCGAGGACUGCGUGAGCAUCGGCUCAGUCGCGUGAACGACACGGCCAUACUUGAAUCGAACGCCCGGCCCGGAAGUCGCCCUUUCUGGAAAGCCUGUCCAGGAAAACUUGUUUUCUUGCCUGAUUUAAUGUGUUCUCCCUUGACUGAAUUUUUAAUUUAUUUUUCUUGAGAUUUCACUGGCUGGCUCGGCAGCCACUGCGGAGCGGCUCCAGCCCGCGCGGGGACCCCCACCCCCACGUGAGCCGGGCUCGGGGUCUGCACUUGGUCUCUCCGCGUCUGGAGCCCGGCCGAGCAGCGGUUUGUACUUAGGGGCUCGGGGGAGGCCUUGGACUUUCUAGUGCUCCAUGAUUGUUGGGUUUUGAAAUACCAAAGCUUUUUUUUGUUCUGUUUUUAAAUAAAUCUCUUUCGAACUUCU